UCAUGGACAUUCCACAGUGUUUUAAUGAGUCUUGCUCUAAAGCUUGGUUGCUGCUUGUAAUUUAACUAUUUCCGUCUGACAAAGCUGCAUAAUCAUAGCCAAAAUAUGGCACAAUCAGCAAGAACCCUGAAAAAGAGAAGUGUUUUAAAUGAGCCCCCUGAACGGAGAGAAGCAGCAAUGAAAUGGUGAGUUCACCCAGCACAGUGUGAAAUUCUGAGUACACCGGGUSCUCUGGUCUGGGCUGGCUCCUGGGAGCCUUGCUGAGCCCUCAUUAGCAAGUGCAGGCUGAGUGCUCCUGUUGUUGUGUGAAUGGCUGCUGCCCUGCUGACUCACUGGGCCCACCGGGGCAGCACUAAUGGCAGCAGCACUUUGCCUUCCUCACCCAGGCAGACACUGAGCAAACAGCUCAAACAUGUGAGAAGGAGGGCCAGAGAACAGACUGUCCAGCCCGUGUCCCCUGGAGCAUCUCCCCGUGCAAGCCAUGAGCGGGCUCCCUUUCCCUCUCCAUCCCUUGGUACCAACAGCAGUGAAAUCGUGAAAAUGUAGCACUUGUUUGUCCAGUCUUUCCCUUUCUCGUGAAAUGAGYCAUGAUAUGUGAAUAGAAGAGUUCUGAGAGCUGAACAACAGUGUGAUGCCACAGUUCAUGAGCUGUGGACAGAGAUUUCUGGUUCAUAACUGAUUUUUGAAAYCUUUUUCAGGACAAUGUACCAGCAUCUUCUUUUCCUUUUCCUCCUCUCCUUCACUCCCCAUAAAUGCCAAGAUCAAAUCCCGAGUGAAGAUCCAUAUGAAAUGCCCAAAGACUACCAGGAGGUCUACAGAGGAGCAAAAAAUGAUGUCAAAGAGAUCCCAAAGAUUGCAAAGCCCUUUGUUUCUGAGAUGAUCUUUGUGCAAACCAGCAUCACUGCUAUAAGGAAAGGUGCUUUCAGGUACAUGCCCAACCUGGUCAAGAUUUUGUUCAUUGGCAACAAGAUCAAGACUGUUGAGCCUGGAGCCUUUGAUAAUUUGGACAAGCUGAGGGAUUUGGACAUCUCUGGUGCCUCAUUGGAAGAACUAUCUGUGGGCACUUUCCAGAACCUCCCAAGCUUACAGCGGCUGGAGCUGAGAGACAGCCAACUCAAACACAUCCCCAAGGGCCUGUUUGAUGGGCUGGAAAGUCUGGRAGAGCUCUCCCUGCACAUCAAUGCGAUCCCUUCUCUUCCAGAAGGUGUUUUUGAUUCUCUUGUCAAUCUAACUUUUUUGGACCUGUCUAGAAACAGGAUCACAGCUCUUCCUGUGAAUGCCUUCAGCAGCCUCYCCCAGCUGCAAGUGCUCCGGCUGUACGAGAAUGAGUUGCAGGAUCUCCCUGAGGGACUGCUGGACAGUCAGCUGGGGCUGCAGGAGCUCAGCUUCCAGAGCAACAGGCUCAGGGAGCUGCCACCCCUGCUUCUGAGGAGCCUGCCUCACCUGGAGAAACUCCUCUUGGACAACAACCUCAUCAGGGUUCUCCCACCUCAGGCCUUUUUCGGUUUAAACAAGUUGAAGUUGCUGACUCUGGGUUCAAACCAAGUGAAGGAGCUCCCCUGCUGCCUUUUUGAUGCCAUGCCACACUUGAGGGAGCUGGAUCUGGGCAGGAACUGUUUGGCCACACUUCCAGAUGGCAUCUUUGUCAACCUCACAUCCCUUGGCAAACUCAUCUUGUCCCACAACCAGCUAUCAGCCCUGCCCAGAGGAGYCUUUACUGGGCUCAGCAAGCUCUUGGACCUCCAGCUGGAUGCAAAUCAGCUCUCUGCUCUGGAUGAAGAGGUCUUUGCUUCCCUCCCAAAUCUGAAAACCCUCAACCUUCGAAAGAACCAGCUGGAGAGUAUUCCCCGAGGGCUCCUAGACCCUCUGAAGAAGCUCAGCUCAGUGUAUCUGAGUGGUAACCCAUGGAGAUGUGACUGCAACCUCUGCUACCUGCACCACUGGAUCCUGGGCAACAGUGACAAGGUCAAAUUGUCCACCCAAAUCUCCUGCAAGAGCCCACCCCACCUGGCAGGGCAGGCAGUGACACUGCUGAGGGAGGAACACUUGAUCUGCGCAGCUACUCUGCCAUUUGACCCCACAUCAUCACAAGGGAUGUCGACGUUGCUGUCACACGGAGCCGUGUCCACAGCAGCUCCAACCGUGCUGUCACCAGCAGCCUUUCCCAUCAGGACACUGCCAACCACUCUUUCACCUGUGGUCACCUCUGCUGUGCUGCCAACCAUGCCAACAGAGGGUGCCUUCUCUGCUCUGUCACCAACCAAGCCAUCUAAGGCCUUUGUCACCACCCCACCACCAGCUGUGCUGAGGAGCGCUUUCACUGCCAGCCCAUCAACAGCCCAUAAACCCAACACCUCCACCACCACCCCAUCAUCAGCUCUGCUGCCAAAACCCUCCAUCAGCRCCCCAUCAUCAGCUGUGCUGCCAGGGAUCUUCAGCACCACCCCAUCACCAGCUGAGCUGCCAAAGGCCACCACUGCCACACUGUCAUCAUCAGCUGAGAUGCCCAAGGCUUCCAUCACCACCCCACCACCAGCUGUGCUGAGGAAUGCCUUCACUGCCAGCCCAUCAACAGCCCAUAAACCCAAGACCUCCAUCAUCACCCCACCACUAGCUGUGCUGCCAGGGACCUCCAUUGCCACCCCAUCACCAGCUGUGCUGCCAAAAAACUUCAUCACCACCCCAUCAUCAGCUGUGCUGCCAAAACCCUCCAUCAUCACCCCACCACUAGCAGUGCUGCCAGGGACCUCCAUCAUCACCCCAUCGCCAGCUGUGCUGCCAAAGGCCACCACUGCCACACCAUCAUCAUCAGCUGAGAUGCCCAAGGCUUCCAUCACCACCCCAUCAUCAGCUGUUCAACCUUCAGCCAUUGUAAGGCUGCAGUCUCCUGGGGCCACCCACACAGAACCUGUGCCACCCACCCUAGCUUUUGCCACCACAUCGGUGCCAACAAGCCCACAGGAAGCCACCACCAGGCAAGAGUCUCCUGCUCUUUCAGUGCCCGGGGGGAGGCCAGCCUUCAUCCCACAGGGAGCCCCCAUCACCUCCCUUGUCUCAGCUUCUUCCACGGUGCUCUGGCCAUUCCCCAGGGCAGCUGCUCUGAGCACAGUCCCACUGGCCUCACAUUCACCAUCACCCCAUGCUCCUGWGUCAGACAGGGAGUGGGACCAUGCCACCACGUGUGGCUUGUCCACAGCCGAUGCCCAGCCCACUCCCACAGCCCCCCAACGCUCUCCUGCCCUGGCAGGCACCGUCCUGCUCCCAGUGUCCCCCGUCCCCACACCAUCAGACUGCACAAGCCCCUGUCCAGCCUCCCCAUCCUUAGCCCCCAGCGGUCACCGUGCCUGGGGCUUGUCGCUGUGGGCCAGYCCAUGGCAGUGCCGGGUGUCCCUGGCCCUGGGGCUGGCCGCGCUGGCACUGCAGGCAGCCUGCACAYUGCUGGGAGGGGUGGUCGCCCUCCUCCUUCACCAGGACACCCGCCACCACCCCGGGCCACCUGUGAGGCUGCUGAGCCUUCAGGCCCUGGCUGCUCCGGGGACCCCCGAGCCAUCCCCGGCCCCACCUUGA